GUUGUUUCUAGUCACUGAUUCGUGCCUUGAUUUAAGCGCCGUGCGCUAUUACAUCGCUCCCUGCGACGCGAGUGUAACCUUGGUGACGCGGCGAGCAUACCUGGCAGAAUGGCGCCGCACCGUGAAGCGUGCAUCGCUCUCGUGGCCACGCUCGUGCUGGUGGCGCAAGCUGCAGGCAGCACCAUCACCGUUUUCGGAGACCGGGUCAAGCAUCCGUCGGCUUCCAAGGAGUAUGUGCGCACGUACGUCAAGGUACCCAAGGAGCACGACUCCAUGACACCCGUUGUCACCGUGGGCGUGGAGCUGACCCUGGGCUUCAUCCGCCGCGCUCAGGACCUGCCCGCCACCGUCCGCAUGGAGAUCCCCCUGGGCCCCAACAUGGUCUUCAACUACACCGGCAACGAGUACAACCAGAUGUUCCCCGACGUGGGCAACAGCCCCUUCACCUUUCUGUACUGGGGCUUCAACUGGAACGGCCACCCGCCCCCCGGCAUCUACGACAACCCCCACUUCGACUUCCACUUCAUGAUGAAGCCGUACGACUACUGGUGGAACGAGUACAACCCCUCCGCACACGGCGAGUGCGGCGGCCUCAGCAACGCCACCUUUAACAAGGUCUUCAAGCCCGUGCCCGCCUCCUGCUGGCCCGGCGACGUCCAGGGCCCCAUCACCAACCUGGGCGACGCCGUGUGGGCAAUGGGCUCUCACCUGUACGACCUGAGCGGUGAGGAGUUCAAGCAGCAGAAGCAGUUCAACUUUACCCAGAUCUACGGCCAGUGGGACGGAAGCAUCGCCUACUUGGAGCCCAUGGUCUCCCAGCAGAUGAUGCUGAGCCGGGCCGUGGGCUACACCUUCUGCCGCACCCUGGUGCACAACCCCGAGAACAUGGCCGAGGCCCAGCUGCUGCCGCGCAAGCUGUGCUUCAAGAAGACCAGCAAGGCCUUCUACGUCGAGUACAAGGAUUUCUACAGCGUGGAGGGUGGCUGCGUGGCAACCAACGGCGUGUACGCUGGCACGUACCCGCCCAGCGGCCCGCCCAUCCCCGCCACCUGCACCAUCCCCACGGCCCCCUCCGCCUAAACCCUACGCGCCGCCGCCUCGUUAUAUAUUCUGCUCUCGGAAACUCAAGAUCAUUUCAUUGUUAACACCGGGCAUGAUUCAAGCGUCGGGAAAACGUAGUAGUAGUCAAGCUGGAUCCUAAUGAAGCUUGAUUGUGAAUUUCUUUGUCAACCGCGCUUCAAGAGUGUUAAUGCACCUUGCUUGUUUGUUCGUCUCUGCCACGCUUCGAAAUUCUAGUACAUACGUUUUAUUGUCGUGCGCCGGGUCCACUUCCACUGCUUGCAGUUGGUACUGCAGGGGUGCCAACUGCAUGGUGAUUGUGUGUUCAAAAAGUUGGAAAGGGUCAUCUAUCGUCUUAUGCACAAGCGCCCAACGUUGGUGCCUUGAUGGCCCAAGCCUUCUAAUCGCAUCGUGUCCACUGCUUUGGUGGUGCCGUGUUGGUUGGACAGGCAUUGAAUGUGUGCAGACGUGAAAGCAGCGCCUACAGUACGGCACGGUAGGGGCAACGUGCUUGCGGUGUUGCAUGCAACAGCCAAAUUGUUCAAGAGGGAGCUGCAAUUAAAUGCAAGGGAAGUACAUAUCAGUGUAACAUGUAUGCGUG